AUGGCAGGGAGUCUCCUGGAGUAUUUCAUUUUUGCAUUGCUGCCAGGAUGUUUUGCUGACAAGUAUCGUGUGUCAGUCAAAACAGGUGUCGACGAAUGUGUUGAGCAAACUCACAAUUGUCACGAAGACGCGUAUUGCACCAAUUAUGGUGGCUACUAUACCUGCACUUGUGUGUCCGGGUAUUCUGGUGAUGGCACGACGUUUUGGCUUCUUGGCCUGAUGGUUUUAGCUUAUGGAGGCUUAUCAUAUGCAGCGGUUCCAUGUGCCAAAAAUCCAUGCCGAAAUGGAGGAAACUGCACAGUCAAAGGAAAGGACAGCUACAUUUGUCAAUGUACUGAACGAUUCUUUGGAGACACUUGCAAAGAAGAGUGCUUAAAUGCUCUUGGCAUGGAAGACCGUACAAUCUCUGACGAACAAAUUACUGCUUCUUCGCAAUGGGAUGCUAAUGAAGCCGCCCACCAGGGAAGGCUUCAUUUUCAUAGAACACUGUCCAAGGCAGGUGGCUGGGUGGUUGCCACAAAUGAUCUCAGUCAAUGGCUUCAGAUCGACUUUGGCGGUCUGCACACUAAAACAACACGUGUGGCAACACAAGGAAGAAAUGGAAAAGAGGACUGGGUAACCAAAUACAAGCUAAAGUUCAGUAACGAUGGCGUGAACUUCACGUGCUACAGAGAACCAGGAGAAACCGACGACAAGGUGAAAUCCACUCCGAAGUUGAUUACUCUUGAUCCUCCAGUAACGGCCACAUUUGUAACUGCCCACUAA